AUGGUUGGAAUGGCUUUGGGUGAUGCUCUUGGUGCUCAUGUGGAAUUUAGACCACGAGCAUUUCUUUUGCAGAAUCCAGUAGUUGAUCUUAAGGCUGGAGGCACUUGGGGCUUGAAAGAGGGACAGUUCACUGAUGAUACCUCCAUGGCACUUUGUUUAGCAGCAUCCUUGGUUUGUCGUCGUGAUUUUGUUCCUUACGAUCAGCUUGUUCGCUACAAGUGGUGGUAUAAACAUGGUUACAUGUCCUCAACUGGAGAGUGUUUCGAUAUUGGUGCAGCUACUAGGGAUUCGUUAUGUGAAUUUGAAGGUCGCCAGAAACAAUUUUCUGCCACACAUGAAGUUCCGUUUGAUGAAUUAGACUUUCUUUGCGACCCUGAUCUCCUUGCCGAGUUCAACGUGCAAUGCAGUAGAGCAGGUGUUGCCGGAAAUGGAGCCCUGAUGCGUUUGACUCCUGUACCACUUUUUUUCUAUAGACAUCCUGUUCAUGCUGUCAAAUACUCAGGAUUUAGUGGUGUGAUUACUCAUGGAGAUCAAAAAGCCUAUGAUGCAUGUCGUUAUUACGGUGCGCUAAUCGUAGCCGCUCUACAGGGCGCCACAAAAGAAGAAUUAUUGAAUGACGAAUUUUACGAAACCCAUAUAUCAUGGUUUGCUGAAGGCCCGCUAGCUCCAGAAAUUAUGAGGAUCGCCAAUGGAUCAUAUAAACAAAACGAUGGAUACGAUGCUGGUAUUCGAGGCAAAGGAUACAUCGUCAAUGCUCUCGAGGCCGCCUUAUGGGCGUUUUGGUCUGAAAAAACUUUUAAGAAGGGUGCUCUUGCUGCAGUGAAUUUAGGUGAUGAUACUGACACAACGGCUGCUAUUUAUGGUCAAUUAGCUGGUGCUUAUUAUGGUUAUGAAAAAUUACCUAAAAAAUGGGUCGAGAAAGUUUAUGCGAAACGUUUUUUACAAGGUUUGAGUAUGUGGAUUGCUUAUGAAGGACAAAUGUGGUACGAAAACAAAGCACUCCUCUUCAAUCCUUCGCUUGCGACUGUAGCACCUAAACAAAAAGUUGUUGCCAUUUCGUCAAAUGAACAAGAAUUAAAUCCUGAGAAAUUGCCCUCAAUUCAACUGACAUCGCUAGAAGAAACUCGACGAGUAGGACUGUCCAAUCGAUCUGAGAAAGACACUUCUAGUGUCAUGUCAAACUUUUGUGCUAUUCUCUAA